UCCUCCUCCCUUCCCCUCCCCUCCCCUCUCCUCCCCUGCAGAGCAUGCACAGCCCGGGACUCGCGUCUCCGGCUCCGAGGCGGGCGGGCGAGACCCUCCUCCCCGCCGGCCCCGCUGUCCCCSGCGGCGCCCGCGGCUCCCCCGUACCGCCUGCCCGUGCCCCCGCCGGACUUUUGCGUCCUGCCGAGGAUGAGGCGGCCGACGCGGCGGCUGGCGCUGUCUCUGCUGGGGGUGCUCUGGCUCUUCGCCCUCCUYCUCUUCUUCUUCGGGGCGCGGAGGAAGUUGGAGCCGGCGGAGCCCGAGGGACACACGCCGGAGGAAUCGGACGCGGACUGGGACGACCUUUGGGAUCARUUUGAAGAGCGGAGGUACCUGAGUGCCCGGAGGUGGAAGGGCGGCGAGGAUCCCUACCGGCUCCAUGCCUUUAACCAGCGGGAGAGCGAGAGGAUCCCCAGUGACCGCGCUGUCCGCGACACCCGCCAUCACAGGUGCACAACUUUGCACUAUGACCAGGACCUCCCUCCCACCAGCGUGGUCAUCACCUUCCACAAUGAGGCCAGGUCCACCCUCCUGAGGACAAUUCGAAGCGUGCUGAACCGCACCCCAGUGCACCUCGUCCAUGAAAUCAUACUCGUGGAUGACUUCAGUGAUGAUCCUGAYGACUGCCGCUUGCUGGGCCAGCUCCCCAAGGUGAAGUGCUUGAGGAAUGGACGGCGAGAAGGUCUGAUCCGCUCCCGCAUCCGAGGGGCAGACGUGGCAAAAGCCAGCGUCCUGACCUUCCUGGACAGUCACUGCGAGGUGAAUAAGGACUGGCUGCUCCCUCUGCUGCAGAGGAUCAAAGAGGAUCCCACCCGUGUGGUCAGCCCCGUUAUCGAUAUCAUCAACCUGGACACUUUUGCCUACGUGGCAGCUUCCUCGGACCUCAGAGGAGGUUUUGACUGGAGUCUGCAUUUCAAAUGGGAGCAGCUUUCCCCGGAGCAGAAAGCCAAACGACUUGAUCCCACCGAACCCAUUAAGACACCCAUCAUCGCUGGGGGGCUCUUUGUGAUUGACAAGGCCUGGUUCAACCACCUGGGCAAGUACGACAGUGCCAUGGACAUCUGGGGUGGGGAGAACUUCGAAAUCUCUUUCCGUGUGUGGAUGUGCGGAGGGAGCCUGGAAAUCAUCCCCUGCAGCCGUGUUGGGCAUGUCUUUCGGAAGAAACAUCCGUACGUCUUUCCAGAGGGAAAUGCCAACACAUACAUUAAGAACACCAAGCGCACGGCCGAGGUGUGGAUGGAUGAGUUCAAGCAGUACUACUACGCCGCUCGCCCCGCAGCCCAGGGGAGGCCUUUUGGAAAUGUCCAGAGCAGAGUGGAGCURCGGAAGAAGUUGAAAUGCCACAGCUUCAAGUGGUACCUGGAGAAYGUUUAUCCCGAACUUCGGAUUCCUGAGGAAUCGCUGUAUCAGACUGGGAUAAUCAAGCAGAGACAAAACUGCCUGGAGUCACACAAGUCUGAAGACCAAGAGCUCCCCAUCCUGASCUUAAAUCCUUGUAACAGCACCAAGGGYKCAGUACCAAAGGCACAGGAAUGGACRUACACAUACAACCACCACAUCCACCAGCAGCAGCUGUGUUUGUCCGUGUACACCCUCUUCCCUGGCUCCCAGGUGCUGCUGUCACCUUGUAAGGAAGGUGACAACAAGCAGCGCUGGGGCAAAGUUGGGUCACACCUGGAGCACAUAGCUUCCCGCUUCUGUYUGGACACCGAGACCAUCGGGGACACGAACGAAAGCAUUAAAGAGCUCGUCAUCAACCCCUGUGAGAGCACAGCCAUGAGCCAGCGCUGGGACAUGGUGAUGUCGUGACUGCGGGAGGACGUGYGCGGCGGAGAUGGGCACCGAGACGUGGCUUUGACAGCCGGGAUGCCCCGGGUGGAGCUCAAAUCCAAACCAUUGGGGGUCCUGGGGUGCUGUGGGACAGGAGAAGAGUCAUUCCAAUAAAAAUGGGGCACGGCACUCCGUGUUGAUCACCAUGGCAUGGCGGAUGCUGACUGCCAGACGUGCAGUGUGUAUCGGCCUGGUGGUGGUCGAGGAGAAGGGAUGGCAGAACAAGAUGGAAAUGUUUUAGAGGGAUGCCCGGGCUCCUGCAGUGGGCUGCACAGAACUUCAGUGUGCACAGCAUUGAUUAAUCUCCCUGAAAAUGCAGGUAGAAGAGCCUUGAAUACCUAAAGGAGACUUGGGCUGAGCAAAACAAGCAUCUCAAUAGCUUUUGGGGAUUGAGGCGGGUGCACAAGGUGGGAUGUGCCAAGGGAUGCUAAGAAACAUUGGGGAAUGCACUGAGUUACCUCUUCUGCACUUUGCUGUGGAUGUUUCUGCCUUCUGUGGAAGGCAUGGUUGGAGCUGUGCUGCGCAUGGAAUCGGUACCUGAUCCACGCCCGUGCUGAGUGUGCAGAGGCUGCAGCCAGGAUGGAAACAGCGAGUGAUGGGGGAGUCCUGCUCUGUGCCAGCUGCACGUGGGGUUUGUUGAAUCUCCAAAGCCCGAGCAAACAGAGGAUUCAGUGUGUGAGAUUAAAGGAUAUAAACUCCUGUCAAGCUGGGAGGAACAGCAGUGACAUGAUUAUUUCUCCUCUCUGAAGGCCGUGGGUUACUCAAAACUCCACUAAAAUUUUGCUGUGUGUCUCUCACUGCUCUGCUUCAGAUCUGGACUAAAUCAAAUUUUCACUUUUCUUCCAUAAAAGUAAUAUUUUUGGUAAUUGAAGGUAAUUGUGUCAUAUUUUGUUUCCCAAUUUCCAGACUACAGGGAAAGGGACUCCCAUAAAAUGCUGCUAUUUAAGGAAUGUUUAAGGUUUAAUUUUUAGUUAGAGACUGUUCCAAGAAGGGAAAAGGGAUCUUACCUGGGCUUGCUUCUGUGUUACCYGGUAGCCCAAGAUGUGAAGUACUGAAGAAAAGGUUUGGGAUUUCCCAUUCACACCUGUGAGCAGGGAAGCCUGGGUCACAAAGGUACCUCUCUCUCAAAGUCACGUAGCAUAGGCAGACCUGGCAGAAAUGGUCUUUUCAGCUUUUGGAGAGAAGUUGUGUAGCAGAGGUCAGGUCAGGUCAUGUCACUGUGGGAGUGAGGUGACUACCCAAGGAGAACAGGACAGAUGAUCUCAGAAGGGAUCUUUGGAAUAGAGGACUGGAAGGUCCUUUCCAUCCUGUCUUUCAGGGCAGCUGCCUCUACAGCCACAGGGAACAGGCAGCGCAUCACCAAGAGCUGUGCACGCAGCUCUCSUGUAGGAAUGACUCUCAAAGACAACCUUCGCAGCACUGUCAACGUGACUUGAAAAAAACACAUAGUUUGUGUUCUCUAAAAAUGCUAGGAUUUAGUGGAAAUCCUAUCCUUUGUUUCCUGUGCUGCAAGCUGCAGGUAAAAUACCAUAAGCUUUAAGCCUUCAAGUGCUCUCAGCAUCCCUUCUUGAAUAAAUUGCKGGCUUUCAGGAUUUUACUGCCUCAGUUUCUCCUCCCUCAGCUCUGGGAGAAAGCCACAUGUGUAAAUCUCCCCGGCUUUAGAAGCAGAACCAGUGCAGCUCUUUAUGUACAAAAGGUCGCAGUGCAAAAUGCUUUUCAUGUGCUGCAGUGAUUACUAUCCUCAUCAAGCUGCCUCGGUGCCAGCCUCAAGGGCUUCUGUUAUGAAAGGGCUGGAGCAAGCUGUCACUUCAUGGUGGGAGGUGGCAUUGUUUCCAUGCCACCACUCUGCUGGAAACAAAGGGGAGCACUUAGAAUGGAAUAGACCCCUUCCACAAAGGAGGGCAGUGACCCCGGGCUUCUUUUUAAUUGAACAGGGAAAGUGCACCUCUACUUUUCACAAUGGUGAUGACAGGCAAGGGGUGGUAAUACCCUGUCUAGUGUUUAUGAGGGAAAGCAGUUCCCUGAGAGCUUAACACGUUCACACCUAUACUGUGCCCACAGCUGGGGCUGCCCAGCACCUGGAAAAUUCAAAUUGCUGAACAACUUGGCAUUGGUUUUGAAUUUCAGCACCUGAGCAGGACCUCAGGCCUACCUAGCUUUACUGUUUCCCACCAAAGCUGAAAAUCUCUGCUCUGCUGACAGCCAAAGUUCUGUAAACUGUUCUUUGCCUUAGCAGAAACAGCUACCUCUGUGCACACAUAUGUGUGCUUGAGCACAUGGACCCGUGGGACCUGCAGGGAUGURUUCUAGGAAGGAGUUGUUUGACCAGCUUUUCAUCUCUGUUGCCUUUUGGGAARCACAAAUGCUGCAGCAAACCCCUCCUAUUCCAAAACAUGUACAAGUGAGCGUGGCUGGGGGCAGUGCAAGGCAAGCAGUGGAGAGGGAGAUAUCAGGUGUGAUGUCCCCUACUUAGUCUCAGCUAAGUUCAGCUAAGUSUCUUGCAGGCCCAAAAGCCACCUCACAGACCUGGGGAGCAGCAGCACUUGUCAGACUGUUGAUUUUGUCUSACACAGCCAUCCGCUGUAACCCUUAGGCUACAGCUUAUUUCAUGGUCUGGGAAAUGAGAUUAUCCCUACGGAUCAGCAAUGUUUUCGGAGAAGCCUGAGAAUAUCAGCCUGACUCCUGGGGAGCUUUAUAUAAAGCUGGCAAUGGUCUGGCAGUCUCCAGAGUUAGCCCCAAUAUGGCAUUUAGCAAAUCUGCUUAACACCCCUGCAGAGAGAGCUCGCAUCGUGUCAGGGAAAAGGUUAACUGCUGCUGAAAUCCAGCUCGUACCUUCAGGUUUGUUUCAUUUAUUAAAAUAACACUGAGAACAGAUGAACCUUUUUUGCUUUGUGUUUUUUCAAUGCCUGGACGAAUUAUUAUCAUGCUGURAACAGGUACAAUGUGACUGAUUGGUAUCUGGAUGGGCUCCCAUGCCAAUGCUUCUUAAGCCCCAACGUCAUUUGGGAGUAAUGCUUUUUGGUAACAUUUUGCACUGACUUGAAAGAACGUAAGAUAAAGUAGAAAAUAUUAUUCUAAUCCUGGCUGUUGGGCUUUGUGACAGCCUUUAUGAUCUCCAGGUAAGUCACUUCUUGUGCCUUGGGAAAAUURGAUUCAGAGCAGGAAACUCAAGGCUGGAAUUUCUGCUGGCUUUUAAAGAGACAACUAAGGCUAUCAAAAAACUGCACCCUAAAACCCAAAAAACACCAGCAAAAUCAAAAAAGCAUUUCCCCUCYCUCAUCAUAUUCCAGUGAGAGGAAAUCCAUCUGGUUUUAGUUGGACUGGAGAAGUCUCACAGUCCCUCUGUUGYUGUUUAUGUGAUUUCCAGGUGUUUUGUGCUCAUCU